GCUCUCAUGUGUUCUUUCAAGAAGUGCAAGCUGCAGCUUGCAUAACUUAGCAUUUACCUGCAAAAAUUCUUUUAUAUAAUAAACAUUUAAUCCGAUACAUCGAGGCCAACUGUCGAAAUAACAUAUAUUUACGUGACAUCUCUUGAAUAUCCUACUUCUUUACAAAAAAUCAAUGUUCCAUUCGUCCUGCGGAUUUCUUCACGGGAUUCGAAGCAGCUUGAUGUAUCAUCACUUCUUCACAGUUGGGUUGGCAAUUCUUAUGAAUUGAAGACAGUCGGUGAGGUGUACCACGUUGAAUUUCUACAAGAAAUGUGAGUGUAUUUUGGAGUAGAUUUUUAUAUUAUUAACAGUAUCAAAAGAACGCAGGAGCUGCAGUGGGAAAUUGAUAGCUCAAAAGCCAUGACAAGAAUCUGAAAGAGUACAGAGACCUUAAUUUUGAAUAUGGAAUUAAUUUUGGUACGGGCCACAAGGCUGUCGAGUCUUUUGUUGCGAACUUCAACGACAUUUUUGCCUGCCGCUUCAUUGGCGACUACCCGGUGCCAAAAUGAAUUUUAUAGCAACUUACUUGAGACAUAUACUCAUUGUAGGAUCAACCCAAACUACUUUGCACUAACGAAUUAUGUUCAUCCACAUAGAACGUUUCUUAGUGGCAAUUAUUUAAAAAAUGCUGUGUGGACCAUACACCGUAGCUACUCAGCAGAAGCAAAUAAAGACUGUUAUACUCCUCCUCCAGUUCAGAAGCAAUCAGUUUUUCAAAGGAUGAAGCAGAUGACAAAGGAUUACUGGCAUAUUCUUAUUCCUGUGCAUGUAAUCACUUCUAUUGGGUGGAUGUCCUUGUUUUACAUUGCUGCUAAGAAUGGAGUCGACAUUGUGGGAAUUAUGGAGUACAUGAAGCUGAGCGAAAAGUACCUGGAGAUGUUACGUGGUUCCAGUGCUGGACACUGGGCUGUCGCAUAUGCCCUAUAUAAAGUAUUUACCCCACUCCGAUACACUAUUACAGUCGGAGGUACAACUCUAAGUAUUCGCUACCUUAAUAGAUGGGGAUAUUUAAAGUUCAAGCCACGAUCGAAUCUAACCAACAAACUGGAACUUAGUCUUCUUUGUCUGUUUACACGCACACCCAUGAUGCAGCCAGCCCAAAAGAUUCUACGAAGCGCAGUCGCGCAAAUGUGCCGAGGAGCACAAGGCAAAGUACGCGAAACCAGAGUACAAGGAGGAACAACAAACUGAACCGCCAAAAACUUAAGGUUCACUGAGAUAUGUCUCAGAUGACCAUACCGGGAUACAAAUGCAUUAUAAUUAAAGAUUUAAUAUCUAUCGAUUACUAAAAGUCUGGCCUCUUGUAAAUGUACUAUCGUUUCCUACUUGUAAAGUCUCUAGAGCCUAUUAAAGAAGUUUAAUGCUGUCA